AUGGCAGAGAUUCUUGGGGUCGCGGCGUCGGCGAGCCAGCUUGGUCUUGCAUGCUUUUCUUUGAUAGAUGUUAUGAGGAAGAUAAAAGGGGGAGCAUCGACGCUGAAAAGAUAUAAUGAGCAGCUCCAAGAACUUCAGAGCCUUUCUACUAGCAUCUCUGAGAACCCCCUUCUCCAGACCCCUGAGAUAGGAACGCAGACUGACGCUCUUCUUUACAUCAUCAACAAUAACUGUUUAAACUCGUUACUCCGAAAAAGCAGAGUCCUUCGUACUUGGGGCUUCCUGUACAGAGAGCAAGAUCUUCUUGAUAUCUUUGUCAGACUUGAACGACAAAAGAGCAACCUCUCCUUGGCCAUCGAACAGAUACAAUCCAAAGCCUUGUAUCAAAUACAAACAGACAUACAAGUCAUGGCUGAAAAGAAGUCGCCGGAUGUUCCGACUCCUGAAUCUCCAUUCGGGAAGUUUCCAGCUCCCUUGGUCGAGGACGAAUUCACAGUCUUCCCAUACAACCCAAACACUCCUGGCCCGGCACCCAAUAUUCAUUCUUACAAUGAUUUCAUCAGCUCACUGGUAGCUUCUAGGGUGUCUAAAGACGCCCUUCAGAGCCAACCUCCUGCAUCUCACGGUAACGCGACCCCAGGCCAGAACGAUUCAUCCACUUCCGUACCCAUGCAGCCGAAUGAGCAAUACGACAACGCGCUCGCAGUUUCCGGAUAUCAUCAACGAAACGGAAGAAUAAUCCACAUCGAUGAGCAGAUGGCAGCAAGGCUGUCCAUGGACAAUGUACUUCAGACGAACCCCAUAACUUACAACAACUCGACCAAAAUUGGGUAUGGUGACCAGCACAAUGGUAAUGUCAUCGAGUUUGAGGGCCGAACAGACUACGUCACGCCUAUUUCGAGCGGAGACAAAUGGAACAAUCCGAUGGCGUUGUUUUGGCUUUCUGCCGGUUCCGGACCUGUCAUCUUUGGUACUCAGCACAAUGGGCCCAUCAUGCGAACCAAGAAAUAG